AUGGCGAGUCAGUCGAUGGAGAUCAUGGCCAAGGCGCUGGAGCAGCAGGUGCUGCAGUCAGCCAGGAUGGUGGAGGAGCAGCUGGAUGCAGAGCUGGGGAAGCUGGAGUGCAUGGAUGAUGAUGAGAUGGAAAAGCUAAAGGAGAGGAGGAUGGAGGCCCUCAAGAAAUCCCAGAAACAGAAGCAUGAGUGGCUUGGUAAAGGGCACGGGGAGUACAAGGAGAUUCCCAGUGAGAAAUACUUCUUUCCUGAGGUGAAGGAGAGCAAUCGAGUGGUCUGCCAUUUCUACAGAGACUCCACCUUCAGAUGCAAGAUCCUGGACAAGCACCUUAGCAUCCUGGCCAAGAAACACCUGGAGACCAAGUUCAUCAAGCUGAAUGUGGACAAGGCGCCAUUCCUGACGGAGAGGCUGCGGAUCAAGGUGAUUCCCACGCUAGCGCUGGUGAAGGAUGGCAAGACCAAGGACUACAUAGUGGGAUUCACAGACCUAGGAAAUACAGACGAGUUCCCCACAGAGGUGCUGGAGUGGAGAUUGGGCUGCUCCGACAUCAUCAACUACAGUGGUAACCUCAUGGAGCCCCCCACCCUGACACAGAAAUCUGGUUCAAAGUUCACCAAAGUGGAGAAGAAGACCAUCAGGGGGAGAGGGCACGACUCAGACUCUGAAGACGACUAG